AUGAGCGGUCCGGCCGACGAAAAGCCCUCUCCCCCCGAAACAACGCCGCAUGCCCCGACAGCUGCACCUGGAGGGCCUCCUCCACCCCCCAACGGCGGUCUACUGGCAUGGCUGAACGUACUGGGCAGCUUUAUGCUCUAUUUUAACACCUGGGGCAUCCUCAACACUUUCGGGGCCUACCAGACCUACUACGAAUCCGGUAACCUCUUCACGGCCAGUUCGUCCAAUAUCUCCUGGGUCGGCUCGAUCGCGGCCUUUAUGCUCCUCUUCGUGGGCCUGUUUGUUGGCCCUAUCUACGACAAGGGCUAUCUCCGCACCCUCCUCGUCGUCGGCAGCUUUGGGGUUGUGUUUGGCCAUAUGAUGCUGAGUUUGUGCAAGGAGUUCUGGCAGGUUCUGCUUGCACAGGGUUUCGUGGUGGGAAUCGGAACCGGCUGCUUGUUCGUUUCCUGUGUUGCGAUCAUCCCGCAGUACUUCAGUACCAAGAUGGGCGCAGCAAUGGGCAUCGCGGCGUCUGGCUCUGCACUGGGCGGCGUCAUCUACCCGAUUGUCCUGUACCGCCUCAUCAACGAAAUCGGGUUCCCCUGGGCUGUCCGUGUGAUCGGAUUCAUUGCGCUGGGAACGUUGCUGAUCCCUAUAUCGCUUAUGAAGCUCCGCGUCAAGCCGCCAAGGGUCCGCGCACUGGUCGAUGUCACCGCAUUCACGGAUGUCAGCUAUAUGGCAUUCGUGUUCAGCUCGCUGGUCGCCUACAUGGGUCUCUUCGUCAUCCUGUUCUACCUAUCGUUCUACUCCGAAGCGAACCAGAUCACCGAUCAAUCGCUCGCCUUCUAUCUCGUCCCCAUCUUCAACGGGGCCUCCGUCUUUGGCCGGACGAUCCCCAACAAAUUCGCCGACAAGACUGGCCCGUUCAACCUGCUCGUCCCAGCCGCCUUGAUUUCAGGUUUGUUGAUGCUGUGUAUGAUGGCCGUGCAUUCCAAGGGCGCGGUUAUCGUUAUGGCGCUAUUGUCAGGUUUUAUGAGCGGUGCGCUGAUUGGCCUUCCACCCGUAUGUCUGGCAAUGCUGACGGGGGACAAAUCGCGACUGGGGACGCGCAUCGGAAUGGGAUAUGCGAUCAUCGCGCUAGGUGUCCUGAUCAGCGGGCCCAGUAGCGGCGCGAUCCUGAGGAAUGGGACCUCGCUCGAUUGGCAUGCUCUGUGGACGUUCGGAGGGGUACCGACCUGUGUGUCGGCUUUUAUGUAUGCGGCGAUUCGGAUGGCUAAGUAUGGGCCGGGCCUUAUGGUGAAGGCGUGA